AUGGAUGAUGGUGUUUUCCAUAGCUGGAGUUCGGUGUGCUGGGCGGUUCGUUGGCUUGGGGACUACCAGAAAGUUCAUACCACUUCUCGACGAAAGGAAAAGAGGCCAAGAGUCUACUGGAGGUUUCCACCUACUGGACGCCUCAAGAUCAAUAUAGAUGGGGCUUUUCAGGUGGAUAGAGGUAAAGGUGGAAUUGGUGUGGUGGUUAGGGAUGAGAUGGGAACUUGUAUGGCUGCGCUAGCUCGGCCUUUCUCUCAUGUGUCUUCUGCGUUGCAGAUGGAGGCUGAGGCACUGAGAGCAGGGCUUCUCAUCGCUCUACACCAAGGUUGGACUGAUGUGGUUGUUGAGUGUGAUUGCUCGGUGCUUGCAGCGGCUAUUGCACGGAUAAAUGAUGAUUUUUCAGAAAUUGGUCGCAUUGUGGACGAUUGUAAGGAUUAUAUUCAAACUUUCAAUUCUUUUCAAUUGCUUCACAUUUUCAGAGAAGCUAACAGCGUAGCCAAUAGGUUAGCGCAUGUUGCUAGUUAUUCCUUUGUUGAUGAGUAUUGGGUUGAUGAGAGUCCUGCUAUUAUUCAGGAUGUUCUUGUGGAAGAUAUUGCUAAAGCUUUAGUUGUAAACCGGAGUACAGGCCUAAUGUCCCCUCCGAGGUCUGUUGUUUCUAUCGUUUGA